AACAUUUUUAUUGCCCAUCUCGCAAGGGUCCCGUUCGGUCGUGUCAAACUUUUGGUGGUGAAGUGCGAAAAUCGUCGGCUGGCUUACCAACAGCAUAUAAAGGGAGUAUAAUUUGGGUAAUCGUUGCCCUGCUUAGAUCAUUCCGGUGAGUGCAUUGAAAGUGAAAAGGUGUGCAGAAAUUUUCCCAGUUAGCGACAGUAAAGUGCAACAACAACUCAGAAAAGCUGCUUUUAAGUGUUUUAUUGCGUUCUUUUCGAGUGUAAGGAGAUUGUGAACCAAAACAACUCAUCGCACUAAAAUGGAGGAGGAUAACAAAAAGCCGUACAAGAUUAAAGACAUCACCCGGGCCAUCAAGAAGGCGGUCGUCGCCGGAACGCUGGACGAGGUCAGGGCCAAAUCGGCGGAAAAGUUUGGACGCACCGAUCUGCCUAAUAUUCAUCUCGACUCCGACGGGACCGAGGUGGACGACGAGGAUUACUUCCAAACGCUGGAACCGAACGCAGAAUUGAUAGCAGUCUUCCCCGGCGAGCAGUGGAUUGAUCCAACUCAUUACGUCACCAUAACGACCCACAAGGAAUCGGGCGACAUCACCGACAGCCCCGAGGUGGAACGGAUACAUCUGAAGAAGCUGGUGGCCCAAAUGAAGUCGAACCUGUGCAACGUGUCGGUGCUGAGUGAGCCGGACCUGGAGCUGCUGUCCAACAUGGACCCCAACUCGGUGGCGGACAUCACCGGGCGGGACUUCAUCGAGCAGCUCAAGGAAGCAUCAGGCAGAAUCCUGCAUGAAAAGCGACAGGCACUUGACGCAAUUGAGCUGCUAAAGCUGAUCGCCAAGCAGAAGGCCUCAAUCCCGAGUGUCGUGCAUAACAUUCCCGGCGGCGAUAACGACGAUGACGAUGAUAAUGUUAAUGAAAUUGACUGUGACAGUAAUGAUUGCGUGGAGGGCGGCAGCUUAGGUGGGGGCGCACUGCGUCUCCAUCCGGCAGCACAAGACGAACUGGACAGUGUCAAUCGGGGCGGAGUCAGCAACAGCAGCAGCAGCAACGUGAAUCAAAUUAUACUUGAGUUGGAUCCCAGGACGUUAGCCACAUUCCAGCAGCAACAACAGGUUCAACAAAAUAAAAUAAACGCAUCCAGUAAUGCAAUGGUAGCCGUCGAUUGUAGCGGCGAUCCCGCCACGGACAUUCCCAGUCGAGGUGAUACGUCAAAUAUUUGAUAUAUGGUUUAUCAGAUCAAUUUAUGUCAUAAAUAGGCAUUUUUUGAAUAUUUCAGAACACUUUGUAGGGUCGCCCAGUGUUCAAUCGAUGUAAAUUCAAAGCAGAGAAAUAAUUCAAAUAUUAUUCCCAUCGAUUUCCCACUGAGCGACACGAAACUAAUUAUGUUUUAUAGAUGCCAGCAAGCUACGAGAUCAAUAUCAAUUGCAUGCAUUUUUUCGAGAAACGUUAGAAGCUAGAUUCUUUCAUUUGCCAGACAUUUGUUGUACAUACCAUUGUUGAUGGCUGGAACGUGUGAUACAACAAACUGAAAUGUACGAUCAUUGUUUGAUAUUUUAUGACGUUAACGAGAAUCAAAAAUUUUAUUGUUAGUUCGAACAGUUUGCAAAUGAACACAGCACAGAGAAUGUAACGAAACUGUAAAAUAAUCUCUGCCCAUACGGAAUGCCUUAAUUUAGUUGAGUAACGAUACCAAAAAGAAAAUAAAAUACACAAACGGUUAAGUAACAUUCACACACAAAUCCUAAGAAGCAGCCUUUGCAGAGCUUGGCAAUACAACAGCAAAAUCGUUAAGUGAACUAUCCGCAACUAUGUCACCGAGAGUUAUUAAAGCCUCGUUUCCAUCGCCACAGAACCACAUUCUCAUCCCGAAUGAUGAGCUCAUUAGUUUGUCCAAACAGCCUUGGGGAUGCAGAGCACGGGCACAGUCUGCCCUUCCUUUCAUGAAUCAUUUACCGGCACUUUUUGCGCUUGAUCUGCCUGCUAGGUAAGUGACCUGCCAUCCGGUGAAUCCAUUAAACUGUGCUGCCAAGCCAUCAUAUUCGGACAUGUUUUACGAGCCACUCGACACUUUUGACGUUUUAUUUACCUUUUACCUCAUGCUCUCAGCCCGUUGGGAUGGAUGAGAAGACCGUCAGGACAAAAACUGCCAUCUCCGUUCCCUACACAUAGUAUUGACCUUCUACAAUUACAAUAUUUAUUCGCCCAUUUCCUGUGCACGUCGCAAAAUGCCACCCCACCCGCCGAACACCGUGGGUGGAAGGAAGCCAAAACGAAGACCAAGUUUGCGCUUCGAUGUAGACGCAUGGUGAUUGGUUGUUGGUGUGCAAACAAAAUUCAAACUUUGACUCCAUCAUGAUUAGUGGGUGGAAGAACAGCGUCACUUUAAUUUCAACAUCCAACAUUUAUGAUAUCUUUAUCGACGUCAUCAAUUUUAUUCCAAUGUCCCGGGGCUUUUCAGUUCUCAUUACUGAACUGAUGUAAAGACAGGCACGUUUUCUAGCUCUCGAGCCUGUGGCUCCAUAAAUAGACACGGUAUAUUUCGUUACCAGAGAAUGGGGACCGUUACUGCAACAUUUGGUAUCCUUUUUACAGCAACGGUAGCAAUCUUAACGGUCUUUCUGCUCCGUUCUCUGCAGUGCCAGCUCGAAUGAUGUUGCUAGUCAGUCUCACUUCAUACCUAUUAACCGGUGUAAUAUAGAUAUGGAUGCCCAAUUCGUUUGCAAAAUAUUUUUUCGGUUAUUAUCUACAACAACUGGCAUUGAAAGAAGAAUUUAGAGUUUAACUUAGAACAUAAACCGGCUCGUCCAUACCGGUGUGCCGUCGCAUCGGACGGGUCUAACCAAAAACCCAAACAACUUUGCGAACAUCUCAACUAAGGCCCGGACUGUGGAUGUGCUUUUCGAUUUCCCAAGGGCAUGUUAAAAGUGAGAACAUACACAACUCGGCACACAGUGAGUGUUGACCACCGGUCCGGGGGAAAAACCACCGCUAGACGAGGGUUGAAUAGCGCCAAAUGUACCCAUGAAUGCAGAUCUAAACUGGACUUUAAACGGUUCAUUGACUCAGUACAUUUUCAGUAUGUAGAAAAAAGUUUCUCCAUACAUCUCAUUUAUACAUUUUUAUCAAUUAAUAAAUUGUUUCAUUUAUAACAAAAGGAAUGUGAACAUUGAAUUCAGUAAAUUCGUCGAUUGAAGGGUUUUGAAAUUAAAGUUGGUUGAAGGUCAUGUUUUUCUUGGUCCGUUGCUUGUCACGUAGUUCAUUAUAAAAAGAAAAACUUUACAUACAUUGCCACUGUAAAUGCGAGGGAGUUAGGAGUAAGUGGUGGAUAAACUUUUUUUACACACUGCACACUGGUGGGUAGAUGUGCAUCCGCUAACCACCGCAAACUUAUGCCAAUUAGAGGAAGAACGCAUUUCGAGCGGAGGAGGUCACCGAUUUGAAUUGCAAAUCAAUGCGAAAACGUUGGAAUGCAUUUGCGCAGAGAAAAAUAGCAUGGCGGGCUUCAUUUCCAUUCAAUCAGCGUCGUUCGGGUGGCAAGUGGACGCUGAAAUUCAACCUAGAUAUAAGGAGGGGAUGUGCAAAGCAUACUAGAUUCAGCGUGCAGAUAGGGUGCCUUGCGAAAAUCACGAAAGCCAAGCACUUUCCCUGAGCUGUUGCUCUCGGUUCCCGGAUGGAUGCUACCGAGAAUAAGCCGCUCUCAUGGCGAUGAAUAUUCAUUGCUUUUCACUUGACUGGGCCCAGAGUUUCCCACCAACGGCGUUCCUCAUGUGCUAGGAUAGUAAUGACGGAAAAAAGCGCCAGGUCGGAUCGACUUUGUGAACUACUUUCCUCCAUGAAGAAUAUUACACAUUUUUUUUUUCAAUUUUUAAUCAAUUUAAUUUGUUCUACAUGGCUUAGCUUGAAAACCAGUCCACUAGUUGCACAAGGUCUUCUAAUUUUGAUAUCAAUGUGCCUAAUUAUAAUUAUUCAAGUAGUGACAAAAUGAUUGAUGUUUUUAGUAAAGUUGCAUUUUUAGCAGUUCUUGAUGUUUUAAUCGAGCUGAAUCACUAAUAUUCGCUACAGAACCUGAUAUUAAAACUUGAAAGGUCUUAGUAGCAACUAGUAGCCUGGAUUCAGCAAAACCUGCUCAAGUACUUAAAACGAUAAAAAGGCAACGAACCGACAAAGGCUGCUUCCCGAAAAUUGACACUGUGUGACCACGAAAUUGAUGACAGUUUGUAUUCCGAAAUGAACACAAGUUUCCUAGUGUAGCGGCAUAAUAUAUUCCAAUUUUUGCAAACCUAAAAUGUAACACAUUUGGUAGCACACUUAAACAGUAAAAUGGUAGCCUUGUUUUCUCGAAUAUCCUCCACAGUUUUUAAACGCAAUUUUAAUCGAACAAAUAAGCCACAAAUCAAAUCUUUUCGGCGUUAUAUUAUGCACUAGAAGAAGCGCUUCAACGUAAAGCCUAUAAACAACAUCUUUGUAGCUCCCCCCCUCCACAGCGUACUCGUUAUGCGUAUAUGAAUACCGAUAAUGUUAAUCUGAACACUAGUACAUAGUAUUAUCUCACACAUACAUUAACACACAUAAAAAAAUGUUUAUCACACAUUUAUUAGUCAGGAGUUUUUAGCAUACGAAACACAACUUAACAACACACACAUUCAUACACCCCCCCAAAUUAAGACUUGAAUAAUCCAUUGUAACUGGUGCAACAUAACAUAAACCAAAUAGGAUAAUAAAUUUUUCACUUCUAAAAAGUGAGCGUGAACCUAAACGGCAUUAACUAAACGAAAGUAUAAAAAAACACUUCACGAAGACAGUAAAGGAACAUAAGGACUCCAUCAACAGUAGGCUACACGAAACUGUGAACGAAUAAACAAAAACGUGCUAAAUUUAGAACUCUUAAACACGAAAAAAGGGUUAUAUGGUCAGUAAUACAAAUAAAAAAAAAGAAAUAACACAAAUAAAACCAGUAGGGUAGCAAUCGAAUAAAAAGGAUCGUCAGCAUGGCUUGGUAGAACGAAACGGCCGUAUAAUUCCACGAAAAAAUAGGUUAACAAUUGAUUUUAAACAAAUCAGCGCACUGAUUCACUCCGCAAACACGUGGAGGUAUGUUUUUUGACUAGAAUUUAUAAUAUGUCAUUAAUGAUUGUCCCCCGAUUAUAGUGGAAUAUGAAUAAACCUGUAAACCAGUCGAUAAAUUGCA